AUGGCGACUGGAGAAGAGAACAAGCAAGACGACGUCGUUUCUAUAGAGCUUCCUGCUCCAACUGGCUGGGUGAAGAAGUUUACUCCAAAGAAAGGAGGCACCCCACAGAGGAAUGACAUUGUUUUUAUAUCUCCCACUGGGGAAGAGAUCAAGAACAAGAGACAGCUGGAUAAGUACCUCAAGUCUCACCCUGAUGGCCCUGCUGUCAAUGAAUUUGAUUGGGGCACAGGGGAUACCCCACGGCGCUCCGCGAGAUUGAGCGAGAAAUCAAAGGCGCCUGAGGGGCCCACAAGCUCAUCCCCAAAGAAAAGGAGAAAGAAAUUGAGCACAAAGAAGGAAUUCAGCGAGAAGAGCAAUGCUGAUGCAGAAGGUGAAACUCAAGACGUGAAAGAAGAUGCUGAUGUGGACCCAAAUGGAGUUGGGGACGGUGAAGUCAUUACCAAGGAGGCAAUCCCGGAAAAACCUGAUACUGAGAAAAUCGAGACGGGCACUGAGACGGAGACCAAGGUGGUUUUGGAUCAAUCUUCUGCAGCUGAAAUGCAAACUGAAGCCAAUACCGAGAAUUCAAAUGAUGAUGUUCAAAAAUCCAAUGAAGUGGUUCCGGAGGUACCUUUUGCUUCUGAUGCUCAAAAUGACUCCACUACUAAGAAAAUGAAUAUGGAUGUUGAAAAAUCCAACAAUGCGAAAAAUGAGGAAUCUAACAGUGCAUCGCCCGAGAAAGAAGCUCCAUAUGGGAAGGUCGACUCUGUGGAACCAAUUGAUGAAGAUAAGGAUGCAGAGAAACAAAAGCCAGAAAACCCUGUUGAGAAUGAUGUUGGGCUGCAUGAACAAGAGAAUUCGAAUGAUGAUGUUCAAAAUUCCAACGAGGUGGCUCCGGAGGUAAUUUUUACUUCUGAUGCUCAAAAUGACUCCAGUACUCAGAAAUUGAAUAUGGAUGUUAAAAAAUCUGAAAAUGCGAAAAAUGAGGAAUCUAUCAGUGCAUUGCCCGAGAAAGAAGCUUCAUAUGGAAAGGUUGACUCUGUGGAACCAGUUGAUGAAGAUAAGGAUGCAGAGAAACAAAAUUCAGAAAAGCCGGUUGAGAAUGAUGUUGGGCUGCACGAACAAGAACCGACCGUGGGUAGCUAA